AUGGCAAAGAAAAAUGCUCAAGAGUCCUACCAGCGGGUACAGGAAGCCAAGGCGAAGUCCCGGGCUAGGUCCGGAGGUAAGGUGGUCGUCUCUCCUCCUCCUCCUCCUCCUCCUCCUAGGAACGUGGGUACUCCAUCUCAACCUAUUGUUAUUUCCUCCUCCUCAAAUUUGACUCGACCACUCCCUUCUACCCAACCGUUCUCCGAGCCAGAGAGUAAGAAGCGCAAGACUUCAGAGUCUGGCCCUUCUUGGGAAGGUGGUGUUAGGGCGGAGGCUCUUGCCUUCGUCCGAAAGAACAUCUAUCCACUUAUUAAUAUGGAUGAUGUUUCUGUUCGGAAGCACCUUGCCACUCUGGCCGAAAAAAGUUUUAGGGCGGCGGGAGUUUGUGGCAAACUUCUGGACAUAUUUGAGAAGACUCCCCUCAGCUCCUUGGGUACUUCCCCAAAGGUCGAGGAGCUGGAGGAGAGGCUUCUUAUGUUUGAAAAACAUCAGAAGGAGUUAAAGGAGGAGAGGGAUAAGUUGAGGAAGGAGAGAGACGACCUCCGGAAGAAGGAGAGCGAGCUGCGAGCCCAAUGUACUAUGGAGGUCAGGGUUAUAGCCCCCGACUUGGAUCUUUCUCCAUUACAUCCUGACAAAGUGGUGAUUGAUGGCGUCAUUGUUGAUCCUCCUGCUCCCGAGGUCCUUUCCGAGUCAGACCUAAAGACUCGGGGGCAGAGGAUUAUAGAGUCUCCUCCUCAUUCUAAAGAUGCACCGAGUUCUUCAGCUCCUGCUCCGACUUCUUCUUUGGCUCCUCCUUCCAGCCCUGGUGAUGUGGCGUCGGUGAACUGGGUCCCAUUAUCAGUGGUGAUGGAAUAA